AUGAAAGCUCUGGGGCAUACACAGAAAUCGCUGGCCUCUUCAAAAUCACCAGUACCACAACUGAAACCAGCUACAAAAUUACUGAAUGACAUGAAACUGGAGCAAGGAAAUUCAAAAAAAUCUGAUGAUACAGCCAACAAACAGAAUUUUACGGGUAGUGGUAUUGUUUACUGUCGUACACGAGAGGAAUGCGAAUUAAUGGCAACACGUUUGACUGAAGAAGGUAUCCCGACAUUCGCAUAUCAUGCCGGUUUGGGCAAUAAGGUGCGAGAUGAUAUUCAGGAAAAGUGGAUGACGAAUGUUGUGCCCGUCAUAGCUGCAACAAUCUCUUUCGGAAUGGGAAUUGAUAAAGCUGAUGUUAGACUAGUUGUUCAUUGGACGUGCUCGCAAAAUUUGGCCGCCUAUUAUCAGGAAUCGGGACGUGCUGGACGUGAUGGCAAGCGAAGUUACUGCCGCAUUUAUUACAAUCGAGAUGACCGGCAGCUACUUAGUUAUCUUGUCAACCAGGAUAUUUUUAAAAUAAAAGCUAAAAAUCGAGAAAAAAAGACGACUGAUGAGCAAGUGAAAGCCGUCCAGCAUGGUUUCGAAAAAAUGAUCGAAUUUUGCGAAAAAGCCCAAUGUCGACACGUAGCUUUUGGUCGUUUCUUUGGUGAUGAUGAUUUGAGGCCAUGUGGAAAUAGUUGCGAUUACUGCAAAAAUCCAAAGGCUUGCGAGCAGUCAAUAUCACGUUUUAAUGCGGAAGCUUGGCGAGAUGUGGGCUCAUCACGAUUUCGAAAACGCCGCCUGGAUGACGAUGGCGAUGGAUUCCUGUACGAAGGUGGUCGAGCAGGAGCAAAAGAGUACGAUGCUGACGAAUGUGGCAGUGGAAAAGCUGUGUUGGAAAGUGAGGAGAAACGGCGUCGCACCGAAAUUGUGCAACAAGAAUUUGCAAAACGUAGAAAGGCCGCUGCGUGUUCAAGUUCAAGCUCGGCGGGUACUCGUGAUGCUGCCCAGGAAGAUCCAACAAAACUAACGAUUAUCGAUCCAACUGCGAAAACCGUUGCCAAUCUCACUGCUAACAUUGCGCAAAUCAGGCAGAUGACGAAAGAGGGCGCUCAAUUUGACAUAAGUUCGGGAUCCACCGGCACAUCAAAAAUGGCGGUAUUCCAAACAGCAUCAAGCUUGAUCUCGUAG